AUGAGACUCUUCAUCAGACUCUUAGGUGCCAACAUUGCAGAUUCACUAAAAUUUGAUGAUGUUGAAAACUCAACCUCAAUCGCUGACAUUAAACGUCUUGUCCAUCAACAUACCAACUUGACACCAACAGAUAAAGUGAUUUGUUAUUUUAACAAUGUAGAAUUAACAUCCAAUGAGAUUUCCUUGUGGGAUUUAUCAGUAAAGAAUAAUCAAACCAUUACUAUGGUCAUUGAAAGAGAUGCAGGUGAAGAAAAGUUUAAAGUUUCGAAACCUAAAGAUUUGGGUGUUUUUACUCCAAUCACAGAAAGUGGAUCCAAUGAUCACGUUCUCGCCAACAUCUUCUCCUUCCUCUCAGCACGUGACAUUGCCCUGAGCAUUGAACUUACAUGUCGUCGAUUCCGUAUCUCUACCAUUGUCCAUCACGAAGUGGUAUGGGAAGCCUUGUUGAAUCAAUUGUACGCUCGUCACGAUGCCUCUACACACGGAGCCAAUUCAGCUACCUACGCACUCAAUCAACAGGCAUCAAAUUCUGGCGCCAAUAAUGAAGAAGAUCAACCAACAACAGCCUCUGAAAAAGUCUUGUUCAAAUCUCGUGGUAUUGAUUGUAGAAAAUUGUACAAACAAACCAUUGUGAUUGAGAAGGUUUGGGAACAUAUUAAACAAUUGACUCCAAAUCAAAAUAAGCAAGUUGCUAGUUUGGAAUCGGAGAAGGAAUUGGUUUCAAAAUUGUCUAAUGUUAGACAAAUUAAGGUUAGAAGAAAGCCAAAAGAAUUGACUGAAGAUGAUGAACAAUUCCUCAAAGCUAAUGAUUUGAAAAAGCUUAAACUUGAUGUUCGUUCAAGAGGUAAAAAGACAAAGGAAGAAAGAGAAGCUGAUUUGGAAAGAUAUUCCAGAUUUAAAAAGUUACAAAAGAGAAAGGAAGAAAUGGAACAAGGUGCUUGGCAAGUAGUUCCAGAAAAUUUACUCAUGUUAUCCUAUGAAGAAUUGAUGAAACAUAGCUUCUCUUUUGAUACUGAUUCAGUUUAUGGAUUCUAUAAUGAUAGAGGUCAAUACUUUAUUGUUCAAAAAGAGGGCAAGAAAUUGCUCUAUGUUGGUGAAUUGGAAGUUGUUGGUGACAAGUUCAAGAUUGCUCACAUUCUUUCUGAUGGAGCCAAUCCAAAGGCAAACUUGGAAAUUGCUAAGGAAUUCUUCCAAUAUUUAGGAUUAUGUUCCACUAAGCACAUUGAAGAAAAGAAGUUGGUUAACAUUGUUGUUAAUCCACAAGGUGUUAAGGGCCUCUUUGUUGAUGCCAUUCUCGAUGUAUUGAUUACUCUUCGUAAAUUUGAAGGAUUGCAAUCUGCUGAAAGACCACGUAUUGAAGUCAAGGAACCUGAAAAGUCCACUGAAAAGAAACUCCAACAAGCCAAUCAAGGAAAGGGAGCUCUUCAACACUCUGUCUCUACAGUUGAAUUGACUGAAGAAGAAAAGGCUGAUCCUGAAUUUGAUAGAUAUCUCUUCAAUGCUACUGCUGUUGCCUAUAAGGAAGAAGAAGGUAUUGAUGCUAGUUUGGAUUCAUUGGUUGAAACCUAUGUUUCUGCAUUGAUUCAAGCUUUGAAACAAGAUACUGUUGGUAGUCUAGGUCUUCCAUUGUGUGAAGAAUUAUUCUUUAAAAAGUUAAAGAAGGACGAUGAAGUUUCCUCCUCUAAAUUGGGUGUUGCUUUUGGUAAAGCUCUCACCAAGUAUUUGGCCGAAACUGAAAAGACUCGUCAACAAGCUGCUUCAUCAGCUCCAACAGAAGAUGAAGAAGUUUCAGUUGAAGAAAAUUUGAAAUCCCUCAACAAUCAAAAGAAGAAGAAAAAGAAGGUCUUUAGAAAGAUUGUCCUCGCAGUUGAAAGUGAACAAGUUAAGCAACAAGUUAUUUCUAAUCUCGCCACUUUAUAUGAACACUAAUUAUAUAUCAUUGUAUCUCUAUUUAUAUUAAAACAAAUGUGAAUAAUAAACUCAAUCAUUGUAUCAU